AUGAGACUCUUCGGCCAGAGCGUCACCGGUUGGCGGGUUCCCGCUAUCGCUGCCGUGAUAUUGGUUUGGACUAUGACGGCGGUCCUUUGGGGUCUGCUCGUUUACUCUUUCGUCCGGGGCAUACGCAGGACCGGGUCGGUGCAGGAUCAGCCCGUGUUCUACUCCAACGACUGCGAACGGACGAGGGUGCUCCUUGUGUUCCUCCGAUUUCUCAUCAGCGCCCUUUCGACACUGGUGCUUGUGUCUUCGUACUAUUUCAUGCAGAUACUGGUGGCCCCGACGCGGGAGGACAUUGACAAAGCCCACGGCCGGUCUCAGUGGAUGGAUAUAGGCGUCCCGUCCACGCGCAACUUGCGCUUCAUCUCUUGUCGGAGAUCGGUUUUGUGGUUACUUCUCGCCGUGAUUUGGGUUCCGUUUCACCUCCUGUCCAACUCCUGUGUGUUCGGGAUAGUCCCGGCGGUGCCCUGGGUGACCGUCCUCGCCACGGAAUCCUUCGUGUCCGGAGGUGAUUACUAUCUCCCAGGCAUAGGAAUGGGUCCUCCGCGCGAGGACAAGCGCUUGCCGUACACGGAGAGGUUCAACAUUUCCGUCCCUGAGGAAGUCAAGUAUAUCGCCGACAACGCAGCCAAAUGGGAACGUCUCAGUGCGCGAGAAUGCCUCCACGCAUAUGAUGUAUGGAUAAACGUGCACAAGAGAAGGCACAUGGUGGCCGUGGUUUCCAUGACCAACGACGACGACGACGACGAAAAGGGGGGGUGGACCACGUCAGACAAGUCUCGGUCAUGGGGCAAAGGCACAUACAACGAUACGGCCUAUAGCGUUUGGUACGCGGGACACUGCGGCCUGUACGCCAACAAUGAACGUACGCUUUGCGGCGGCCUCGCAUAUGGGUUGAACAUCAGUCUGUGGGACGGUGACGGACCAUACAACAACGUCUCGAUCAUCUCGGAAGAUGCCAAUAGCAUGAUGAGCCUGGUGGAACUGUGGCAGGGGAGCUGGAUGGACAAGCUAGUCGACGAGCACGACAACUGGGUCAUCCCCUGGCACGCAGUCACCGCACCCGGAGGCGCGACGUUGCUGAACGAGACGUUGACGGUGAGUUACUGUCUCUCUGAGCGCAUCGAGGCCAACUGCAAGGCUAGGAUCAACAACAUGUUGUUCCUGGCAGUCGGUCUCGUCGCCUUGGGGAAAAGCGUCCUGUGCGCGGUCGUCAUACGCCAUCUGUGGGCGACGCAGCCGCUGGCUACCAUCGGGGAUGCCGUCGACUCUUUCAUCCGGCAGCCGGACCCGACGACAAGGGGUAUGUGCACGCUCGGUUGGCAGGACUUUUCAAAGAAGCGUCCCGGGAGACCGCGGAAGCCGUCCGCCAACGGUUGGGCUGCCGCGCCGCGGCGAUGGAAGACGCAGAGGGCGCGAUGGGGCGAUUCGGUCUAUCGCUCCGACUGGGCUGUAGCCUAUAUUCCCGGGAUAGCAGGUUUCAUCCUGGCUUGUCUGGCGCUGAAGUCGUUUGUCGAGGGAGUCGGGGGAUGGAAACUGGCAUACUUCCAGAGCACUUUCGGACAGGACCCCCAAAACCCAGUCUUCAUACUGAAUUACCCCUCCGAAAAGCUCCGCAGAUUCGUGUUAAGGCUGGCCUCGGACCGCACGGGGGUGCUCCUGCUCGUCCACUUCCCGCAGGUCGGGCUUGCCAGCAUGGCCCUCUUCUUGAACGUCAUCUACACCCGCAUGCUCAUGGCGCGGGAGUGGGCUUCGUACAGCGUCGGCCUCAAGACGCUGCGCGUCAGCGAGCCGAGAGGCAAGCAGCGGCGGACGCAUUUCCUCGAGAUCCCCUGGCGAUACGCCGUCGCCGUCCAGGUGCUCGGGAUCCUGGUCCGCUGGUUGUGCGCCAACGCCAUGUAUACUGUCAACGUUGAACCACCCCAAGACGGCGUCGUGAACCGCUAUGAAAACUUUCGCUACUUCAACAUCCUCUUAUCCUUCAGAGCGGCGCUGGGUACGGUAAUUGCGUUUUUCAUAAUGAUGGUUACCCCCCUUAUCCUCGCGUGCUUUCGGCUCCCGGGAGAAGCUGUGAUGGUCGGAAGCUGUUCCGCGGCCAUAUCGGCUGCCUGCCACGUCCUACGGCCGUGUUCUCCCCUGAAAGAAGAAACAGAACCAGCUGGCGCUGACUUCAUAUCCCGCUGGGAUUCGAGCUCGACCCUUCUUGAACGGGAGGCAAGCGUUCUCAUCUCCGCCACCGAUGCGGAGGGCGGCGACGGAGGGAACGGCUGGAGAGGUAAGAUGGCGGAGGGGAAACUGAGAUGGGGGGGUUGUCUCUGGUAA